CAAAUUAAUUUUUUUUCAGACGCUUUUUUACAUAACAAUGUAAAGGUUGUGCUCUCUGUAUAUUUAUAUUUCUAAACAUUGAAUAAAUUUGAAAUUAAACAAGUUUCAGCAGAAACUGAUUUAAGCACAAGCAUGGGGGUUUUAGGGGAAGGUGUUCUCUAUAUUCUGAAGGGUUUGAUUUAUAUUUACGAUAUAAUCAGCUUCCCAAUCUACUACAGUGUCCAGGCUCCUUGGAUAAGACUUGAAGAGUUUAAGAUGAAGAGAUCUGAAGUUGUUACAGCUUCAACUACAGAGUAUACCAUCAGAUCUCCGCACAAGAUGACUCCUGCUCUACAGGAACUGAUAAAUGCUGGGGUUGAUACUAUGGCUAAAUGUUUCCAGUUUGGUCUAGAGAAGUACUCGCAUCAGAGAUGUCUGGGUACAAGACAGCUGCUAGAUGAAGAAGACGAAUGUCAACCUAACGGGAAAAUGUUCAAGAAAUGGAAGCUUGGCGAUUAUACCUGGCAAUCUUACGUUGAUGUGGAUAAUCUAUCCACAUACUUAGGGAAAGGUUUACGAGAGCUUGGGCAGAAACAUUUGCAAAAUAUUUGCAUAUUCGCGGAUACUAAAGCAGAAUGGAUGAUUACAGCACAGGCUUGUUUCAAGCAGACGUUCCCCGUUGUCACUUUGUACACUAACCUUGGAGAUGAUGCGGUCAUUCACGGCAUCAAUCAAACAGAGGUUGAAAUAGUUGUCACAACUUUUGAUCUUCUUCCGAGGUUCAAGCAGAUUCUCCACAGAACACCCCUUGUCAAAUGUUUGGUAGUGAUAGAAGAUCAACUUCAUCAAUUCCAGAAAGAUGGUUUUAGAGAGGGGAUAAAUAUAAUUGCAUUUAAGGAGGUUGUGGAGUUGGGGAAAACUUCUAAGUUCGUUGCUGUGAACCCUGUUCCUUCAGAUCCAGCAAUUAUUAUGUACACUAGUGGAUCCACAGGAAUACCGAAGGGGGUUGUUCUCCCUCAUUCCGCGCUCGUAGCAACAGUGCGCGCCUUUCACUUCGUGGUCAACCCUGUCAAACCAGGAGACAUCUAUCUAGGAUAUUUACCGUUGGCCCAUAUACUUGAACUCUUGUCGGAGAAUACUAUGAUGGUCCAGGGGGCCCCUAUAGGUAAACUAAAUAUACCCAAUACUAUGAUGGUCCAGGGGGCCCCUAUAGGUAAACUAAAUAUACCCAAUACUGGAUGUUCUGGAGACUGUAGUGUUCUGCACCCAACACUGAUGUGCGCAGUGCCGCUGAUAUUAGAUAGAAUCUUCAAGGGAAUCCAGGAGAAUAUAAAUAAAAAAGGUCCAUUUUUCACUGCGCUCUUCGAGUUUGCACACAAAUAUAAACUGAAAUGUUUGCGCAGAGGAUUCAAGACACCUCUGCUUGAUUUCUUCAUCUUUAGAAACGUGCGCGCGCUAGUUGGUGGGAAGAUCAGGGUUAUGCUUUCAGGUGGAGCCCCACUCAGCCAGGAAACUCAUGAAUAUAUUCGAGUUUGUCUCUCAGUUCCGUUAGUACAGGGCUAUGGGUUAACCGAAAGCUGUGCCUGUGCCUGUAUUAUGGACGAUACACAGAUAUCCACUGGAGGAGUUGGUCCCCCUCUACAGGGUGUCCAAAUAAAACUGAUAAACUGGGAGGAAGGAGGAUACAGGGUGACAGAUUCUCAACCACGAGGCGAAAUUGUAAUCGGUGGAGGAAAUGUGGCAAUAGGAUAUUACAAGAUGCCAGAAAAGACCGCGGAAGAUUUCUACACGGACAGUACCGGCAUGAGAUGGUUUAAAACUGGAGAUAUUGGACAGAUAGAUGAUGAUGGAACUGUGAGGAUUAUUGACAGGAAAAAGGACCUGGUUAAACUUCAGUUCGGAGAAUAUAUCUCACUUGGCAAGGUUGAAUCAGAGUUGAAAACAUGUCCCUUAGUUGAGAACUGUUGUGUGUAUGGAGAUCCUUCUCAGAGUUAUGUGGUUGCCCUGAUUGUACCUGACAGAUUGCGCCUGGAAGCUCUGGCUGAAAAAUUAGAAAUAAAGAAUGUCGAGUUUGAGGCCUUGUGCGAGAACGUAACGAUGAUCGGAGCAGUGCUACGCGAACUUCAGUCCCAUGGGAAACGUGUAGGACUAGAGAAAUGGGAGAUGCCAGGGGCUGUCACGCUUUGUCAGGAUUUAUGGACUCCUGAGUCGGGUUUAGUUACCGCAGCAUUUAAACUCAAAAGGAAACCAAUCCAAGACUUCUAUUCCAAAGAUCUGAAGCGAAUGUAUGGCGCUCGGUGCGCAUAAUAACAUAAAAUCCGUGUUCUAACACCCAACAAUUAAUUGCGGCAUUUCUGCACAUCUGCGCAUUGCUAUUUAAAGGAAUAAUUCCUGUUUUAAUUCAUCUGAUAUUAAAAGGUCUAGACAAAAACUGAAAAAAUCUGAAACAUUUUUUGUCCAAAAUUUCUAGCUCAAUUUUAUCCUUACACUCGACUAGUCAUAAAAAUGAUCCAAAAUAGUCGUAUUUUACCAAAUUAUGAAUUGUUAAUUCUAAUGAAUCCUAAGAACCAUAAUAUUGACUGGGGGUCGUGAAAUUUAUAAAAUCAUUUAAAUAUUUGAAUUUAAUCUCGUUCAUUAAUCAACAUUUUACCAUCGUUAGCCUAACACCAAUCAAAUUAAUUUUAUAAUUAUUUAAUGUUCUCUUCAGAUCAGAUUAUGAUAAUGAUUUACUAGAACAACACUUCAGCUCUGUAUUAUUUAGUGUAAUCCAAGG